UGAGCUGAAUUUGGAGAGUCCGGGGUAGGAAUGGCAGUCGUGCAAGGCACUGUACGAGUCAUCAAGCGCGAAGCACGUAACAGCUAGGCGACCGCCGAUGAUUACCUAAUCUCGACUCCCUCUGCCCGUCCUCCAAUUGCCUAGCUAAACUCAUUGGCUUCAGGGCCCCUGGAGAAUGGCUCGUUUCAGAGGCUCGAGUGCGCACAAGCCCAGCCCAGAACCCCCUCCCCUCAGAGUGUGGGUCAAAGUGCAUGUCGCAUAUAGAAGGUGCGGCAGCUGUGAGCAGGCUCAGUACAGAGGAUUUCCCUGGAAGCAUGAUAUAGUGUGCUUACAGAGUAUUUUUUGCUCUGUUCUCUGCCUCGAUGCAACCGAGAGAUGUCUCAGCACUCAGGCUUAUUGGGUUGGUGUAGGGCGGACAACUUCAUCGGCGGUCGACAUUUCCGGCGAUAAGAUGUUCUCGGAUGGCUGUGGCCGAAGUACAAAUAACCUCCACGAGGAGAGCAUCUAGAAUGGGAGCAAGCAGACACGCUAAACCGCAAGGGGCAGUAAGACUUCAGCAUGGCCGGCCCCUUAGUGCGGCAAUGAAAAUCCCUUACCUAGUAGCAUGAUUGGCGGGAACUGCAGGGAG